AUGGACCCUGGAAACCGUGAGCGCGGCCUCAAGGCUGCCAUCAACAAUCCGCGCGUAUCCGAGCAGGCCAAGCAGCGCGAUCGCGAGAUUUUGGAAAGCGAGUUCGGAACUCACAUGCCUGAAGGGUCUAGCGCAGAUAUUGCAGAGGAGGAAGUUCUCGAAGAUUUUUCCUCGAGCAAGCUUGGUUCUUCGUCGUCUACUGCCAAGAAGGGUCGUAGCAAGUCGACGGGUUCUCAUAAUGCUUCCACCAGCUCCAAAACCGAGUCAUCCACGUCUGCAAAUCUUGAAGGAAAGGACAGAGGAAACGUGUCAGUCCCCAUCCACCCAACAAACAAAGUCAGAAAAUCGAGAUGUACGGUAGCUGACAAGUAUGUGUCGCAUAGCAUCCGCGGACUGAAGGCAGCGAUCAAUAACCCCAACGUGUCGGAGAAGGCCAAGGAGAAGGAUCGCAAGAAGCUGCAAGAUCUUGGAGAGUCCAUGGACUAA